AUGAAGUUUAGUCAUUCUCUUCAGUUUAAUGCGGUACCAGAAUGGUCCACUAAGUACAUCUCGUACUCGACAUUAAAAAAGCUUAUCUACUCUUUGCAGCGAGAUUAUGUCAACAGUGGAGCACUUUCCAAGACUACUACGCCUUAUGACAGUGAGCAGGAACCUUUGAGAAGCAGAUUCAAAGACUCUGAUCCUGUAGAUGUCUUUUUCAAGGCACUGGACAAGGAGCUGCGUAAGAUCGAUACCUUCUACAAACAGAAGGAAAAGCACAUUUAUAAAGAUUUUGAUGAGAUAAUAAGAGAAAUUGAAGAAUUCGAAUCUUCUUACAAAAACUCAACGAUGCAGGACGAGCCAGUUCGUAAAAGACUAAGAGAUUUGAUUGGAACUAUCAAAUCAAACGACUUCGCAACCGAUGAAACAGGUGCGGUAUCAUCUUCAAGAUUUUCAAUCAACUCAGCAAACGAUAGUAACUGUCAUAGCUACGAUAAUUUGAAAUCCCUUGUUCAGAGAAGAACCUCCAGGCCAGAGCUUUUCGAUGAUGAUGACUUUAACCUUGAUUUUAGCACUCAAGUCACCAUUACCACUAAGAAAAGCUUAACUGGUAUUUAUGUCGCACUUAGCGAAUUGAAGUCUUUCAUUGAGUUGAAUCAGAUAGGGUUUUCGAAAGCCUUGAAGAAGUUCGAUAAAUCGUUGGAAACAGAGGUUAAGGCAGAAUAUUUGGCAAAGCUGCCUGAAGUCUCUUAUAUUUUCAAACCAUCAACUCUAGAUACUUUGAACAAAAAAAUUGCCUCCGUUAUCUCUAUCUACUCUCUUUUGGUUACGGACAGCGACUUCAAUCUUGCCAAAUCAGAAUUAAGAUCCCAUUUAAGAGAACAUAUUGUUUGGGAGAGAAACACCGUCUGGAGAGAUAUGUUGGGGAUGGAGAGAAAGACACAAGCUGCUAAUCUUGAAGAGGUCAAAGGCACCCCUGAUGGAAUUCCUAUUGCAAGCAGCAUCAAUGUUUCGCUGGGCGCUGGAAGGUAUCUUAGAAUUCCAAUUAUUUUGGUUUCUCAAACAGUACUUAAAGGCUCUGCAAUUGCGUUCCUGUCAAUCUUGCUUCUCUUCCUUUCUCCAUUUGAAGAUACUCAGCAAAAGAACUGUUUCGCAAUACUGGUCUGCGCAUCUUUACUUUGGGCAACAGAAACAAUUCCACUAUACAUUACAGCCCUACUAAUUCCCUUAUCAAUUGUAGUGUUAGGUGUGCUCAAAGAUCCAUAUGAUGACCAUGUACUCACCGGAGAAGAAGCUUCAAAGUACAUUUUUUCCCAAAUGUGGUCGUCUGUUAUAAUGUUACUGCUAGGUGGUUUUACACUAGCAGCUGCAUUAUCCAAGUAUCAUGUUGACAAGUCCAUCUCCACUUGGAUCCUUUCAAAGGCAGGAAAUUCUCCUCCGAUAGUUCUUUUGACCAUUAUGGGCGUUUCUCUAUUUGCAUCGAUGUGGGUUAGUAACGUGGCGGCGCCAGUUUUGAUGUUAUCCAUCAUUCAACCAUUGUUGAGAACUCUUCCGACUGGUUCAGUGUUUGCAAAACAGUUGAUUUUAGGUAUUGCAUUGGCAUCGAACAUUGGAGGCACUGCUUCCCCUAUUGCAUCCCCCCAGAAUAUCGUAGCUUUAGAAAGUAUGGAUCCUCAACCUUCCUGGGGAGAAUGGUUCAUUAUCGCUCUUCCAGUGGCCGUUGUAGCAUUGGUAUUAGUGUGGAUUUUAUUAUUGCUGACAUUUCAAAACCAAAAGCAUCUAAACUUGGUCUCCAUCAAACCAAUUGACGCUCCAUUUUCCUUUGCGCAAUGGUACAUUGUAUUUGUUACCAUGAUCACCAUUAUUCUCUGGUGUUUGCAAUCCAAAUUGAGUUAUAUCUUUGGAGAAAUGGGAAUUAUUGCAAUUAUACCCAUCAUUGCCUUUUACUCCGCUGGUCUACUGGUCACUGAGGAUAUUAAUAACUAUCCCUGGAAUAUUGUCCUUCUAGCAAUGGGUGGUAUUGCCUUGGGUAAAGCUGUCUCAUCUUCUGGGUUACUGGCUCAUAUUGCAAAAGCGAUUCAAGCUCAAGUGAUGGACUUGGAUAUUUUUUCCAUUUCACUUGUUUUUGGUUUACUGGUCUUAGUGGUGGCCACAUUUGUUUCUCACACUGUUGCAGCCUUGAUCAUUGUACCAUUGGCAGCCGAAAUCGGAAAUGCUUUACCAGAGCCACAUCCCAGGAUUUUAAUCAUGAUUACAGCAUUGAUGUGCUCAAUGGCUAUGGGUUUGCCAACUUCAGGGUUUCCCAACGUUGCUGCUGUGUGUCAACUGGAUGAAAUUGGAGUACCGUAUUUGACUGUUGGAACAUUUAUCACGAGAGGUGUUCCAGCUUCUGUAAUUUGCUAUGGCAUUGUGAUUUUGAUUGGCUUCUUCAUCAUGAAGAUCAUAAACUUCUAG